AUGAAAAUUGAAAACAGAACAUUUCUUGUUUCCGGUGGUUCGUCUGGACUUGGUCUCGCAACAGUGCGAGAUUUGCUCAGUUCCAAAGCAUAUGUCUCGAUAGUUGACCGAACACCUCCCCCCUCUGACAUUGCUGCCAAUACCGCCGUCCUGUACUCCCAAACAGACAUCACUGAGCUCGCAGAAAUUGAACGUGCAGUGGAGCAGACCGUGUCAUGGACCAAGGAGACAGGGGCCCCACUAGGUGGCGUGAUUAAUUGUGCUGGUGUCGCCACGGCCGCCAAGAUUCUCAGUGCGAAUAACCAGCCUCAUGCUUUGGAUCUGUGGGAGUUCACGAUUGCUGUGAAUCUCACUGGUACGUUCAACCUCACUCGGCUGGCUUUGAAACAUCUCGUGGAUGUCAAACCAGAAGAUGGUGAUGGCGAGCGCGGGGUGGUCGUAAUGGUCGCAAGUGCAGCCGCCUUUGAAGGCCAGCCCGGACAGACGGCUUAUGCGGCCACGAAAGGCGCAGUUCGCUCCAUGGCUUUACCCAUGGCGCGUGACUUGGCGAGGCACGGUAUCCGUGUCGUUACCAUCGCGCCCGGUGUAUUCGAGAGCAGCAUGACCAAAAGCAUGCCGGAACGCACGCGUAAAAACUUGAAAGAUAGCGGCUUGGUAUUCCCCCGACGGUUUGGGCUCGUGGACGAGUUUGCUAAGACGGUCCGAUGGGUGCUAGAGUGUGCAUAUGUCAAUGGAGAAACCAUCAGAUUGAGUGGUGCAGGUCGUUUACCAGGAAAACUGUGA